AUGAUCCCAUACGCAGCUGCCGAGUCGCCAGUCUGCACAUCCGCCGUCCCCGCGAACGCGUCAACCUCGCCCGCCGCCGACAUUGCACUUCCCCUCAUCGAGGAUGCCGCCAAUCCCGACGAUGGGCGGAAGCCGCCACCGCUGCUGCGCUUAAAAGUUAGCGGAGGUGAAGGUGGGGCGGGACGGGGGACGGAUGGGACAGCAGAGACGAAAGCGGCGGCACGGGCGGGAAUCGAGGGGAAGUUAUUGGUCCCCGGAAGGCGCGCGGGAAGAAGCGCGAGCGGAGACGGCGCAAUCAGCGCCAAUGGUGGAGCGGAAAGCCCGCCAGAGGCGGUCACGGGCCCACUGACGUACCACGGGGAAGGGCGGAGGAGCGAUAAGCGGAGCCCUUGGGGGGCGGGGCGCGGGGACAAGGCGCGGGCGGGGGAAGAGGAUAUGGGAGAGGAGAGAGGCGUGCUCGCUCCGCUACCGCGGAACGGGCGGAAGGGGCGAAGGCGGGGCGGGGAAUCCGCGGGCGGUAGCAGAGAUGCGCUACAGGGGGCGGAGCUUUUUAGGCGCGCCGUUACCAUUGGCGACGCGAGCAGCAGUGGCGGAAGCAGAAGGGCUACAAGUGGUAGCAUUGCCUUCAAUUCAGCGAACCAAUACCGUAGCGUCAGCAGCAACAGCAGCAGAAGGGGCACGAGUGCCGGCGCGAUAGCGGAUUGGGAUCCCCCUGCCGCGUCCCCCACCCCCGCCGCUGCUUCCGCCAACCCCAGCGCCGCUUCCGCCACCCCCAGGAGCUCCUUGCCCCGUUCCGCCACCAGCACUAUCACCCCCACCUCCGCCGCUGCGCGCGAGGGGCUGUUCGGGUUCCGCGCAGGCGCGCGCAGGCUGUACGAGGCGCGGAAGCAGGCGAAACGGCAGGCGAAUGGCGGAGGCGGCGCAGGUGAUUUGGCGGGUAGAGCGCCGUCCAUGGGGAGAGAUGUGUGGGAGGCCGCGGAGAAGAACCAGCUCGUGCGGUGGGUGGGGAGCGCGGAGAGGGGGAGCGCGGAGAGGGGGAGCGCUGAGGGGGAAAAUGCCGAAGGGGGAAGCGCCGAAGGGGGAAGCGUCGAAGGGGGAAGCGCCGAAGGGGGAAGCGCCGAAGGGGGAAGAGUUGAAGGGAAGAGCGCCGAAGGGAGAAGGGGAGGAAGAGGUGUGGGGGAGAGCGGUGAGGGGGGGUGGGAGGGUAGUAUGAGGCUUAGGGAGGGGAGGGGCGGAGGGGAGGGGGAGGGUGAGAGUGAGAGUGGAAGGGAGAUAUGGCACGAGGUGCGGGAUAUGAUGGUGCUCAGAAGAGGAGGAGGGGAUGAGGAGAGUGGGCCUGAAUGGGAUGAUAUAGAUUGGGGAGAGGAUAGUGAAGAGGAGGAUUGGGAGGAGGAGGGAGAGGAGGCAGAAGGGGAGGAGGAGGGAGAGGAGGCAGAAGGGGAGGAGGAAGGAGAGGAGGCAGAAGAGGAGGCGGAGAGCAGGGGAGGUGGAGCAGCAGAGCCUGUUUCUGAAGUUUCUCAGGAGGUUGAAGGGAGCGUGGGGUUAAGAGGUAACGAGGAAGCUUUCUGUCUUAAUGAGGUGGAAAUUGGUGGAGAUGUGAGUGAGGAGUGCGAGGAGGUGUGUGAGGGUGAAAGGGGUGAGGGGGAGAGGGAGAGGAGGGAGGAGAGGGAGGAGAGGGAAGCUGAGGGAGGUGAAGAGAGGGAGGAGAGGGAAGCGGAGGGAGGUGAGGAAGGUGAUGGGGAGACAGCAGAGGAUCAUUGGUUUCACAGCAAGGGAACACAGGCACGCCAAGGGGUGGCGGCAGGCGGAGGGGUGGAGGCAGGCGGAGGGGUGGAGGCAGGCGGAGGGGUGGAGGCAGGCGGAGCAGCAGCAACAGAAGCACCAGAAGCAACUGCAGAAGCAACAGAAGCAGCGGCAACAGCAGCAGCUGCAGCAACGGGGGCUGCAGCUGACGAGCAAUCGGAGCAGGCUGCAACGCCCGCUCCACCCGAUACCACCCCAUCCGCUGCAUCGGCUACACCCGAGGGGACUUGUGAGUCGACCCCAAACGCAGCACCCGGGGGAUAUUCACGCAAGCUCCUCUCAUCCCGCACUCUCAAGCUGGUCCUUGACCCCUUGUGCCCCCCCCUUGUUGUGCCGUACUCCGAGCCCUCUGAGUUCACUCUCGCACCACCGAUCCCUGACACCGAUGCACGAUACAAGCCCCUCUGGCCCCUCCCUCCAGCUGGGUCCCGGCAGCGCGGGAAGGGCAAUGAGACGGCUCAAAGCCGGCCGACGAGUAGUGGAGGCAGGGAACGGGGAGCAGACAGGGUGGGGCAGGGAGGAGGGGGAGUGGGGAAGCAGGUGAAGCGCUCAGAACCACCCACCACCGUGCGAAACCUCCUCAAACCGUCAGUUUCUGUCGGCGACCUGUCCGCCACAUCCACCGUCCCCAGAUGGGCCCUCCCCUGGAAGAACCCAGCGCGUUCGCCCCUGCCUGGAAGCAGCAUUUCAUUCUUUGGGCCCAAAACGCCUGGAAAGACGUCCGGCAGCAGUGGAUGGGCCAAGGCGCCUGGCAAGGCAUUAGGCAAGGCGGCAGGGUCUGGGUUACAGGAGAGUCUCGGUGCUUCUGACGGCCGUGCCGCUGGAGGGCCUGGGGUGCAGGGUAGGGGAGCUGGGUUGGAGGAACGGGCAAGUGCUAGUCAGGAGGAACGAGCAAGUGCUAGUCAGGAGCUAAGGCAGCAGCACGAUCAGCAGCAAGAGGAGCAGCAAGAGCAGCAGGACAUGCAGCAGGAAGGGCAGCAGCAAGAGCAGCGGCAAGGGGAGCAACAGCAGCAAGGGAAGGGGCGGCAGGGGAAGGAGCAGCUUCAUCAAUCAGUGAGCGAGGGCAGCAUAUUCACACGGCCUCCUCGCAGCAACACCUCACCCCGCAUCCCCUUACCCCGCCACCGUACGCUCCUCUCUCCCCGCGAACUCCUGAAAAAGCUCUCUGCCUUCCCCUCCAGUUUCCCCUCCUCUAGUUUCCCCUCCAGCGUCCCCUUGGGGGGCCCCACCCGGGGGUUCUCUUCCGGGCGUUCUUCGGGUUUCCCCUCGUGGAAGAGUGUAACCCGGCGGUGGCACUCGCACCAUGAGGCGCUGACUUCGGUACCUUCAGAUGGGCCCAAGGACGUGUGGGAGGCAGCAGAGAAAGAGCAGCUGGGUGGGUGGCGGAGCCGGUCGAGGGGUGCGCGCAAGAGGAGCAUCAUGGAGGCUGCUGGACGGAGCUUGAGUGGUUUGAGUGAUAGUAGUUCGAGUGGGAGAGAUUUGAGUAUGAGGGAUUUGAGCGGUGCGGGGUUGAGUGGCAGGGAUUUGAGCGGAGGAGGUAGCAAAAGUUGGCAUGAGACAGGGAGUGGGGUUUUGAGCGGGGGGGAGCAAGGUGGGGGGUUGGAAGGGAGAACAGCAGGAGGAGGAGGGAUGGAUGGUGUGGUUUUGAACGGGGGGGAGCAAGGGGAGGCUCAGAGCUCCUACAGUGCAGAUAUACCUGGGUUGCAUAGCAGGAGGCACACUGUAGACAGUAUUGGGGCUGCUCUUGGCGAGUACAGCAAGUCUGCUUAUAAGGAGGACGGCGGGCGCGUGAGUCGGAUCCGCCGGGGUGUGUUUGGGCUUGCGAGGAGCAGCAGCAGCGACGACACGGCAGCUGCAGGUGCCCGCACGAGCAGCAGCCGCAGCAGCACCGGUGAGGCUUCGCAGGCAACAGCGGUGCUGAGAGCAAACUCAGAGAGCAGAGGGCGUGGGCAUGCGAGGAGCGGCAGCAGGCUGAGGUCAUGGGGGUUCAGGUCGUGGGGUAGCGGUGGGGGUAGCAGUAGUGGUCACAAGAAGGACAGCCUCUCUGGGGGUGAUGAGGCGCCUUCUGAGGCACCUCGAUCCGUGCCAGUGAUAACGAAGAAUGAUGGCUCUGGUGAGAGCAGGGAAUCAAGUCAGAUGGACUCGAGCUCGAGUGGCAAGGAUGGUGGAGUGGAGAAGAGCACGAGUGGUGCCGUGCAGCAAGGUUGCAGUAGCGGCAGCAGUGACUGCUUUGCUGAGGAAGCCUUGCUCUCUGAGAACCCUGAGAAUCAUUGCAAGGCUUCAGGUGAAUCCUCAGGUGGUGGCGUUCUGUGGAAUCCGUACAGUGCGGAGGGCCGCCUGGAGGAAAUGCCGAGCUUUCUUUCAGAGUGCAAGUCGUCUGGGUUGGAAUAUGAAGAGGAGGGGGAGGAAGGAGAGGAGGGGGUGGGGGGAGAGGGGGAGGGGGCCCACCUGGGAGUGGCGUGGAGCUGCCCUGUCCUGCUGCCUGAUGCCUCCCUUGGAGUGCCACCUGUGAUGCACAGCCUUGUGGAGAGGCAGGAGGAAGGGUGCGAGAGCCAGCAGGAUGUUCAUUCGGGGCAACCCAAGAGGCAGCAGGGGAAAGAGCGUGGCACCCAUGAGCUGGCAGGUGGGAGGGCUGUUACAUUUGCGAGAAUGGAGCCCUUGCACGAGGGCGAGGCUAUGGAGGGGUGUGAGGGUGAGUCUGUGGGGGUCGAGUCUGUGGGGGGUUCUCAUAGAGAAGCAGAGGAGAGAGUGUCGGAGCAAGGUAAGCAGGGUCAAGAGAAGAGGACAAGGGCUGCCACCCUUCUUGUUGCAGUGGAGCCGUUCAGACAGCGUGUGCAGAAGGCAAUGCGGGGACAGCUGGCGUAG